AUGUUGGUGCUGGCGCGCAGGCUGGCCUCCAGUGAGCGCAACUCUUACCCAUCAUGGCCGCGACACCUCUUUGCUCGUCUGAUCGACUCAGGCAGGUCAUUCCACAGCUUGAUGCUCCUAAUAGUGAAGGAGUUGGAAAAGUAUUUUGAGGAAUGGAUAGGACAGUUCAGAGAAAGAGUAGAAGAAGAGCGCAAGGUAACUGCGGAACCAGCCAGUCACUGCCGGAGAAAUGCCAAGAGAAUCAAACAGCGCAAGCAACAAGUCGAAAUCAACGGUGUUGAAGGCACUGCUGAAGUCCAACAGAGUAAGGACGAGCAAGAGCAAGAACAAGAGCAAGAGCAGGAGCAGGAGCAGGAGCAGGAGCAGGUGCAGGAGCAGGAGCAGGAGCAGGAGCAAGAGGUGAUCGCGCGACGCGGUGAGAAACAGGUUAGUGCCAUGACAUCGGCGGAAAGGGGAACUUUAGUGACAUUGGCUUUGGCUGGUAAUGCGAUAGGAACUUGGCCUGUUAAUACAGAUAUUUUUGGAGAAGCUGACUUUCUGCCUAGUCAAGUCACUGAUCGCAUUCAGACUGAUACAAUAUUGAUGGAAAAUCAUGGAGAAAUGUCUGCCACUCCGAACAUAACAGUUGAAAUUGAAGAGAAUGCUGACACGACAUCAGGCGGCAGUCCAUCUAUUUUGACCUAUAACGAGCUCUCAAACCACGAACCUAUUGCCUCUACAAGCAAAGUACAUGGUCCAUGGCCCGCAAACUAUGAACCUGUUGCUUCCACAAGCAAAGCUCAUAGUCUACAGCCCGCAAAGAACGAACCUGUUAUCUUGACAUCUCGUUCCCCACUUGCCUCUUCAUCCAAUAUAUUUUCCCCAGAAGCACUUAGACCUUUACCAAAAGCUCCACCAAGAAAAAGAAGCCAACCUAAUAAGCGCAAAGUUAAAUCCGCUGUACUAACUAACACACCUAUUAAGAACGAAAUCGCUGCAAUAGAGGCCAGCAGGAAGCCCACUCGUCUAUGGUACGGCGCAAAUCAUGGUUGUCCCUGUAGUGCUCGGCGAUCACCAACAGAAGCAUUGUUGCCGUCGCUCGUCGCACAGGCGCGCAACGUGCAGCUUACGAGGACCGUAAAGGCUGUUGGUGUGGCGCAUGCAACGUGCGGUGCGCGGGGCGCGGGCGCGGGGCGCGGGGCGCGGGCGUUGGGCGGCGCGCGCUCGCCAUUGGCUGGCGGCGCGGGGGCGGCGCGCACUCCGAGCUACCAUCUUCCAGUGAGGCCUUUAUCCGUGCAAAUAAAAAUAAAAGCUUCCGGUGUAGGAGCCGAGAGUCUGAGGGCCGGAGGGCCGGAGGUGCAGCACUCGGUGCAGAGUAAACUUAAUAAAUCCGGUGAAGAGCCCUCCGCGCCGAGUCUCAAAGCUCGCCGAGUGGUGGGCCCGUGCCGCGUCUCACGCGGGUCGCGCGCGGGAGCGCUCGUUAUCUCAACACUGGCUGCUUUGCAAGUCGAUGCCGCACUUGGCACCUGUGUCGCGUAA